AUGACUUGUGAACAACAAGCAGAUGCAGCGACAUACUCUGCUUCUGCUGUUGAGAUGGAAACGGAAUUCUGGAGGAAUGCUGUUGUAAAGAAGAAUGGUCAAGGGGAAAAAUUCGUUGAAGCAACAAUCGAAGACAAGAAAAUUCAAGUAACAGAAAGCAUCAUUAGAGAAUCUCUCCAAAUUGAGGACAGACCUGAGUACCCCAUGGAGAUUGAUGUUCAGCAAACUCAGGAAGUAUUAGAGAAUAUGGGAUACGAGGGAACUUUUCCUCCUACAAUUAAGAAGUUGCUUUGGCUCAUGUCAUUGGCGGCAGGUUUUGAGUUCAAUUUCUCAAAAUUUAUAAUGAAUGAAAUGAUACUAAAUCUUGAAGGGAGCAAAAGAGACAAAUUCUGGAUGUAUCCAAGAUUUUUACAAAUCAUCCUUAACGUAACUCACCCCGAGCUGCAGAGAGGAAAUGAUACUCUGGAUUUCAAAUCCAUUAGUCUAAGUGCCUUUGGACUAAUGAAACAAAAGAGAGGCGGGAAGUUCGUAUUUGAAGGAAAAUUUGCAUUAAUAAAAAUUGGAAUUUUUAAAGAGGAUGUUAGAGAAGAAUCAGAAGAACAAUCAAUGCCGAUGGAAAAUGAAGAUAUUUCUCACUCUCCCUCCGAGCCUGAAGUGGAGGAGAUUCAUAACUCUCCCACAACUUAUGUAGCUGAUGAGCAUGAUAAUCAGAAAGCAAAUGAUUCAAAAUCUUCUCGAGAGGAUGAUGACGACGAUCUUUAUGAAGAUUUUGACCUUGGUGAUGAAGAUUUUGAUCCUUUUCUUGAUAUUCCCAGCAGCCAUGUUAAUAAAGUUAAUGAAGUUGCUUCUUUAGCAACCAAGACUAGAGAUGAAGGAAAUGUUUUCAAGAUUGUAUUCUCUACUUCGAAGCCCUUGGAGAUCGCACCAAGCCAAGGAGAUGUGACAUCAGAGAUUCCUCCUUCUAUGCCACUUAUCUCAAUUUCUGCUCUAGUCAGUUCUGAUUCAACUGAACCUCAGACUUCUCAGACUUCCAUAAAAACAAGUCAACCUCUUGUAAGUCUGAAGGUACCUGCUGUAAGAUGUGCUCCUCAAGUCCUUUCAACAAUCAUUGCUACCUCUGCUCACUCUCCUCCAAAGCAAACAAAUGAAGGUCCAAGUACCAUAUUUGAGAUUGGUGGAUCCUCAUCCAUUCCAGAAUAUUCUCCAAGUCGACCUUCUCUUGAUGAAGCUUCUAUUAGAUUAGUAAAACAUCUGGCUCUAUCUAGUCCAUCCUCCUCACGCGGAAAAGGAAUAUCAUUCAAGGAGGGUCGAACAUGUGAUGACAAAUCUUCUUCGCCUGAUCUUCGAGAGGAGAUUGGGAUUCUCCGUCAAGAGCUCAUCGAAAAAUCAAUUCAGAUGGAUCAGUUUUCUGCAUACAUCUUUGAGCUCAGGGAGAAGGAUGAAGAAAAGACCAAACAAAUCAAUGAUCUACAAACGAGUCUUGGAUCUAUUCUAGCUAAUUAUUUCAAUCUCAAGAACGUGUUGUACGAUGCUUUGGUGAAAAAGUCAAAGCCCUCUUCCAACAGCCUCAUGGAGUAG